AGGCACCGCCCCGGCCCAGGGCGCCCGGCAAAGAUGGCGUGGUUGGCGGUGCGGCGGCUCGGGCCGGCCCUGGCGCCCCGCUGCCCUCGCCUCACGCUGCGGCCGCCCGCGGCGCGGAGCAUGGCCACCAGCUCGCUGGCGCUGUCCGCCCGCAAAUUCACAGACAAGCAUGAAUGGAUAUCAGUUGAAAAUGGCAUUGGAACAGUAGGAAUCAGCAAUUUUGCACAGGAAGCACUAGGAGAUGUUGUUUACUGUAGUCUUCCAGAAAUUGGGACAAAAUUGAGUAAACAUGAUGAGUUUGGAGCUCUGGAAAGUGUGAAAGCUGCUAGUGAACUCUACUCUCCUCUCACAGGAGAAGUGACUGACAUUAAUGCUGCCCUUGCCGAUAAUCCAGGGCUCGUCAAUAAAUCUUGUUAUCAAGAUGGUUGGCUUAUCAAGAUGACUGUGGAAAACCCUGCUGAACUUGAUGAACUGAUGAAUGAAGAUGCCUAUGAGAAAUACAUAAAAUCCAUCGAGGACUGAGCUGGAAUAAUCAAAUAAACCCAUAUAAAAUAUUUCAACGUAGUUUGUCAUCAAUUAAUGAGGUAGAAAAUAUCCAGUUUUGGCAGCGUGAAAAAUAUCACUUACGUUCACAUAUGCAGACCAUAAAUAAUUGCAGUGAUAAAAUGUUUAACAUAUGCAUACCUGCAAGGGAUUUUUAUUCUAGAUUGUCUGAUUUAUGUAACUUCAGGAUGUAAAAAAAACAACAGUGCCUCUCUAACCUCCUAGUAUUUUGUACUAAUUAUAGCUGCAGAGAUGAUACCAAAAGAAAAGCUAUAUCAACUACCUCUUUGCAUGAUUUUUGUUUACUUCUUUGAGUAGUGAAAUAAAGAAGGAAAACAUAAAGGAUUAAUAAAUUCUGUAAUCAACUA